AUGAUCACAGAAUGGGAACAGGACCGAUCAAAACCAAAUCCUUUCAAAUUGGAGGGAUCAGUCACUACACAAGCUUCCAUCAGGCUUGAACUCUCACAACUCGAAGGGCAACAGCUCAGCCAUGGUGUCGACACCUCCCUGUAUCCAGAUAUAUCUCCAAGUUUGUUAGUAGCUGUCAGAAUUGAUCUUGAAUCUCUGCAACAGCACCUAGCUAUAGAUAGUACCAAUACUGGUGCUCACAUGAUGGAUAAUUAG